GAGAGGCCGGCCGGCCCUGGAGCCAGAGGCUAGUGGCGUUGAUGUGAACUGAUCUGUUCCAGCCGUGAGCCGCAAAACUGCCCGACGAGCGCGGAGAAAGUGGCACGUGGCCCGACAGAUCCUCGACGUGCCCCUGGGGAACUUUCCUAGCACGACCUACUGGCAGCCAGAGGGUCAGACAGGACCCGCCCUUCCCACGCUGGGGGCCCAGCAGGGCAAAGGUUGUUCCCAAGGCCACGUGAAGCUUCCUCCUCUCUAAAAGCCCCGGACAGGCAGGGCGAAUGAAAAAGGAAAGUUAGGACGCCCAACCUCCGAGACGCGGCGCCGGCUGCCAGCCCGAGAGCCGCUCCGCCAACAGCCGCCACCGCCGGCCGCAGCGAUGGCCCGCCACCGCCCGGACGGGCGCCUCGGGCUGCCCGCGCCGCCCGCCCCGCCGCUCCCCCCGCUGCUGCUGCUGCUCUUGGUCGCCGCGGUGUCGCCGAGCCAGGCAGUGGUCUACUCUGCAACUGCGUACUGGAUGCCUGCGGAAAAGACAGUACAAGUCAAAAACGUAAUGGACAGGAAUGGGGAUGCCUAUGGCUUUUACAAUAACUCUGUGAAAACCACAGGCUGGGGCAUCCUGGAAAUCAGAGCGGGGUAUGGUUCUCAGACCCUGAGCAAUGAUAUCACCAUGUUUGUGGCCGGCUUUUUGGAGGGUUACCUCACUGCCCUGCACAUGUUUGACCACUUCAGAAACCUCUACCCACAGCUGAUUCAGACACCUUCCAUCGUCAAUAAAGUGCGGGAUUUUAUGGCGAAGCAAGAUCAGUGGACCCGGAGUAAGAUCAAAGAUUACAAGGAUGACCCGUUUUGGAGACAUAUGGGCUAUGUUAUGGCACAAUUAGAUGGGCUGUAUGUAGGAGCAAUGAAGAGGGCUUCAUUAGAAGGGAUAAAGCCCAUGACCAUGUUCCAGAUUCAGUUCCUGAAUGCUGUUGGAGAUCUGUUGGAUCUGAUUCCCUCACUUUCUCCCACACAAGUCUACAAUUUGAAGUUUUUUAAGAGAUGGGAUAUGGGACAUUGCUCUGCUCUUAUUAAGGUUCUUCCUGGAUUUGAGAACAUCUUUUUUGCUCAUUCAAGCUGGUACACGUAUGCAGCCAUGCUCAGGAUAUAUAAACACUGGGACUUCAACAUCAGAGAUAAAGACACCAUCAGUAAUCGCCUCUCUUUCAGCAGUUACCCAGGGUUUUUGGAGUCUCUGGAUGACUUUUACAUUCUUAGCAGUGGGUUGAUAUUGCUGCAGACCACAAACAGUGUGUAUAAUAAGACCCUGCUGAAGCUUGUGGUACCCCAGUCUCUCCUAGCCUGGCAAAGAGUCCGUGUGGCCAAUAUGAUGGCAAAUGGUGGCAGGGAGUGGGCAGAGAUCUUUUCAAAAUACAACUCUGGCACCUAUAACAAUCAGUACAUGAUCUUGGACCUGAAGAAGGUAAACGUGAGGCACAGCCUUGACAAAGGCACUCUGUACAUUGUGGAGCAAAUUCCUACAUAUGUAGAAUUUUCUGAACAAACUGAUGUUCUACGGAAAGGAUAUUGGCCCUCCUACAACAUUCCUUUCCAUGAAAAAAUCUACAACUGGAGUGGCUACCCAAUGCUGGUUCAGAAGCUGGGUUUGGACUUCUCUUAUGAUCUGGCUCCACGAGCCAAAAUCUUCCGGCGCGACCAAGGGAAAGUGACUGAUGUGGAGUCCAUGAAAUAUAUCAUGCGAUACAACAAUUAUGAGAAGGAUCCUUACAGUAGGGGCGAUCCCUGCAACACCAUCUGCUGCCGUGAGGACCUGAACUCACAGAACCCGAGUCCUGGAGGCUGCUACGAUACGAAGGUGGCAGAUAUCUAUCUAGCAUCAAAGUACACAGCCUAUGCCAUUAGUGGUCCCACCGUACAAGGUGGUCUCCCUGUUUUUCACUGGAACCGGUUCAACAAAACUCUCCAUGAGGGCAUGCCAGAGGCCUACAACUUUGAUUUUAUUACCAUGAAACCAAUCUUGAAACCUUACGUAAAAGGAAGGAGAUGAGGGAAUGGAAGGCUGCAAAUAAGAUACCAAAGGCACUAUUUUAGUUACGUUUUUUCAUUCAAAAUUAGUGUGAAUAAAAUAUAUUAAAUUCUGUGUCACUUUCA